GGAAAUGGCUCAGUAAUCAUUUAAAAUAUCAAAAUAAGCGUUUAUACCUAGAACGCAAUUACGUUUUCCAACUAAGAAACAGUGUUAAAACACAGUGUUUUAUUUACUACAUUAUGCAUCGUCCGCGGCCCGCUGCCCGCUGGCAACAGAUAACGAAACGGUAUCGCACCUCAGACUCCAUGACACAUUGAUAUUCACCACAAAAUAUCAAAAUCACAUUUAAAUCGAGUGAAUUUUAUUGAUAAAACUCAUAUUAGUGGCGUAAAUUCUUAGAAAACUGAAAAUACAUGUUCGGAAACGCGCGGCGGCAUAACGAACCUUGUUUGUUGACAUUACCACAUAGUACUGCGAGUGGCGCCAUCGUGCCGUAUCUCUGCAAUUGUAGCGCUAAAUAAAUGUAAUUUGCCAUCAAAUCAGCAUGAAAAAAGGAUAGUGGGACAUACUAAGUGCAUUUAAUGAGUCAUGUGAACCUUAUUGACUCUAAUUGUUGUGAUUGUGUGUAGCAAAAAAGGCGGGCAAAAAUCUGUGCAAGUGACGAUCAAAGUUCUAUUUUUAGACAGACCAGUGGCGCGAUAAACAUGUAAUUAACGCUAAAACGCUUUACUUCGCUGAAUAUUAUCUUUGAGACAUUGUUGUAUUCUGUGUAAGAUAGUUUACAGUUUCUUAUUAGACUCUACUGUGAAUUGGCAAAGGAAAAAGGCGGCCGCGAAACAAGUUUGACAGCUCACAGACGCACACAUACAAACGCCGCCGCAGUGCGCAUGUGUGCGUGCAAGUGAUGUGAAAUUCUUAUGCUUAUCGAUUGGCAAGAUUAUUUCAAGGACGUUUAAUACUUCUAAUGUAUGGACAAAUGUAAUUAUUGUUUUCAAACAAACUCAAUUUAAAAUGGAGACGCCGAAAACCGAGUCUGAGAACGUAGAAUUUCCAUUAACAAACCCACUUAACGAGAUAAUGGCUGAAUUACCGAGUCCAAUGUACGAAUGCCGACAGAGCUUAGACGUGUCUGAUGUAGGUGAGAAUGUGACUGUAGGGGACAGAAAUAUCUCCGUAGACAAUGUGACAUGCUCUAAUGACACACCCACACCAAUUAAAACGCCGGCCGAGACGCCGCCUGCGUCCAAAUCGCCGCCAAUAUUCGAAACGCCGACUGUCGAUAUUUCAAAGUCAGAAUGCGUUCGAAAACCACCCACCUUGUUGAAAUUAUCGUUGAUUAAGAAGGACGAUGAUAUUUUUGCAAAACCGUCGCCAGUUGCCGAUAUUAUGUCGCCGGCUAAGAUGUUACAAUUCGAAGUAGACCUGGCAACAAGCUCGACGCCAACAAUGAAGCGAGCGGUUGUCGACUUUGAUUUCUUUACUAAGAACAAAUUUGAGGAAUAUUUCGAUGAUGACAAAGAGGGUAACAAGGAGGUCGGAAAGACAGAGUACGAGGCCACGCCGGUUAUUGUCAAUGCCAACACUGUUCGACACGAAAUUGGCUAUGUCAACCUGAAUGGUGCUUCGAAAGUGGACAUAUCACAUUUCGACUUGCUCAAAGUGCUCGGCACUGGAGCUUACGGCAAAGUGUUCUUAGUUAGAAAAAGAUGUGGCGUCGACGAGGGCAAGUUGUACGCCAUGAAAGUGCUCAAAAAGGCUUCUAUAGUGCAGAAACUGAAGACUGCAGAGCACACCAGGACAGAGAGACAAGUACUGGAGGCGGUAAGAGAGUGUCCGUUUUUGGUGACACUCCAUUACGCGUUCCAGACAGACGCCAAACUGCAUCUUAUAUUAGAUUACGUAGCGGGUGGUGAGCUUUUCACCCACCUUUACCAGAGGGAACAUUUCAACGAGGACGAAGUGAGGAUAUACAUAGCUGAAAUUAUAUUGGCGCUCGAGCAGUUACAUAAGCUCGGCAUCAUAUACCGCGACAUAAAACUGGAGAACAUACUCCUCGAUGCGGAAGGUCACAUCGUGCUGACGGACUUUGGCCUCUCCAAGGAGUUCUGCGGCGGUGAGAGCAGAGCUUACAGCUUCUGCGGCACCAUCGAGUACAUGGCGCCUGAGGUGGUCAGGAGUGGCAGCCAGGGGCAUGAUAUCGCGGUCGACUGGUGGUCAGUAGGUGUUCUUACGUACGAGCUGCUGACUGGAGCGUCUCCCUUCACGGUGGAGGGGGAGAAGAACACGCAGCAGGAGAUCACGAAGCGGAUCGUGAGGUGCAGUUACCCGGUGCCGCCUGACGUCAGUCCCGAGGUCCAAGACUUUAUUAGGAAAUUGCUAGUGAAGGACCCGCGGCGGCGGCUCGGCGGCGGAGACGGUGACGCCGAAGAACUCAAGAGACAUCCGUUUUUCCAGAACUUGGACUGGCAGGCGGUGCUGCGCCGCGACGUGCCCGCUCCGUUCGUGCCGCAGCUCUCCCACGCGGCGGACACGUGCAACUUCGCCGACGAGUUCACGCGGAUGCCUCCGACGGACUCGCCUGCGCAAGCGCCGAAGCAUCAUGACAAGUUGUUCCUUGGCUACUCGUACGUGGCGCCUAGCAUAUUGUUCUCGGAGAACAUCAUAUCGGAUCAGAUAUGGAUGCAGGCGUCUGGACCGAAGCCUGACAAGCCUAAGGGAUGGGUCGCCAAGGACUCGCCGUUCUUCCAGAAAUACUCAGUGGACCUCAGCACGCCGCUGCUUGGCGACGGAUCUUUCUCUGUUUGUCGGAAAUGUAUACACAGACAGACGAGCAAGGAAUACGCUGUUAAAAUAAUCUCAUCUCAGAAGAAGGACGUGAGACAAGAGAUCGAACUACUGAAGGCGUGUCAGGGGUGUCCCUACAUCAUCACGCUGCACGAAGUGUUUCAUGACUCGGCGUUCACGUACAUAGUGACGGAGCUGGCGGCGGGCGGCGAGCUGGGCGCGCGGCUGGCGGGCGGCCUCGCCGAGCCCCUCGCGCGCCGCCUGCUCGCGCAGCUCGCGCUCGCCGUGCGACACAUGCACGCGCGCCGCGUCGUGCACCGCGACCUCAAGCCGGAGAACAUCCUGCUGACCAGUUGUCGUCUGAACGAGGCGAAGGUCAAGGUGGUGGACUUUGGUUUCGCGUGCCGCCUGCCAGAGAACGUGGAGCCGCCGAGAAUGAUGACGCCUUGUUUUAGUCUCCCGUACGCGGCGCCGGAGGUGGUGUCGCUGGCGCGGGGGGCGGGCAGUACGCCCUACGGCGCCGCCUGCGACCUCUGGAGCCUCGGCGUCGUGCUCUACUGUAUGCUAUGCGGCAAGGCUCCGUUCCAACCUACGUCUAAAAAAGAACCGAUCACAGUCUUCAUGGACAGGAUACGAGGCGGACACUUCACUAUGGAAGGUUCUCUCUGGGACAAGGUGUCGUCGGACAGCAAGCGGCUGGUGUCGGGGCUGCUGUCGGUGGAGCCGGCGCUGCGCAUGACGGCCGCAGAGCUGUUGGCGGACCUCGGGCUCACGCACUACGACAACAGCUUCAAACUCGCCGACAUGACUAAAGCGGAUCUCUAUAAGCGUCGAAAUAAAAACAAACAACGCAAAUCCAGCUCCGAGCCGAGCACCUCCACCGAGAUGCAGGAGGAGACCGAUGAGCCGCGAGAGAACUCCUUACUCGAGACCAUAAACAACCUCAAGAACAGAAUGAACAAGAACUCCAUAGAGAAUGAUGUAGAACUCAUCAAAGCAAACACUCUAGACACGCCUGUCAAUGAAACAGAGCCUUCGUACAACGAUAUAGACGAAGUACCGUCAGUGAAACCUGUAGAGAAAACGUACGCCAAAUCCAGAUCUAAACUUGACGACUAUAUUUACAUAGAGAGUAGUCAAGGCCUGGACGGCACGGAGGUCGCCUUCCCGAAAGGCAAUCGCAGCAAAAAGUCUAAAGAUACCUCACCCGUGCCAAGGAAACGUAGGAAAAUGGAAACCAGACAGACUAAGAAGGAAGUCAACGGGAGACAGUUGCGUAGCAGCGAUAAACCCACGCCAGAGAGGCGGUCUCUCAGAAACAGGAGUGUGGACAAAUCCAGGGUCACCAAGGAGUCUAUAGAGAAUGAGAAGACUGUAGUGACAAGAGCCAGCCGUAAGCGCAAACAUGAGGAAUUAACUAAACCUGUGUUAAGGGAGAAGGGACAAAACGGACGCUCGUCACGCAAAAAUAGCGAGAAUAACACAGAGAGGAAGAUUGUGAGGGCGAGGAAAACUAAAGCAAAACCGCUAGCUAUAGAAGUGGACCCGCAGAAUGUCCGCAUGACGCGCUCCAGGCGGAGGCGCUUGGAGAUCAGCCUCUCCCCCUCAGAGGUCAAGAGCGUCAUGCCAGCCUUCUCCUUCGAAUCGGACCGCAGAAUGAACUCGAUAGAGAGCAGUCGGUCCGCGAAGUGUAAUGCGAAUACCAAAGCGAAACGCCAGAAAGCGAACGCAAAGGCUAAAGCGAAAGCGAAGCCGGCGAAAACCGCUAGCAAAGCGAAAAAGACACCCGUCAGGGCGACGCGGUCGCGCGCCAACAGAAGGUGAAAAUGUUCCUUCAACGUCCAAAUAAUUUAAUCAAAGCGCCAUCUGUUAUCAUAAAUAGAAAAAACAUAGACUGUUACGCCUCACGGCAACUGUAGAUUAAAAAUUCCAAUAUGGCGUCAGCUAACCUCAAAUUCCAAAAAAAAAGCGACAAAAUAGUGAUGCAAUAUUAUACGUUUAAAAAUGGACGCUUUUGCUCACGCGUAGUAAUUAACAGAGGAGAGGAAAUUAUUUAUUCAAAAUAAUAAAAAAAAAGAGUUAGAUAUAUUUCUGUAAUGUAACUAGCCUCUCAUCUAGUUUGAUUAAUUGUAGACCUGUUUUUUUUUUUAUUUUUUAAUCCUUUUAUUUAAUGUUACUAUUAAUUUUUAAGACACUUUUUCCUCUUAUAUUUACCACUAGAAUUAAUUCGAUUUGAAGUUGUUUAUGUAUUGCAAUUAGAUAAUAAAUUGUAUUGUGUAGUAGUUUGAGGCAAUUUUGACAGCUCGCAAAAUGUUUUUUUUUAUUUAUUCCAGAUCUUCAAACUUACUGAAAACACCAUUCUUUCCUUGUCUGUAAAAUCUAUAAAAAUAUGUCUUGCCGAGGUCUACCUAACUACCACUAAUUAUUGAAUUACUGGCUUCUUUAGGCGACAGUCGCUAGUUGUCAAAAAUGCCUUCAAACGAUCCCAUUGUAAGGUAAUAGGGUGUGACUGAACGCAACCAUAUGAUAAUAAUUUAUUUCUAACGAAAAUAGAUCGACAUCAGCUGAGUUUCUUGAUUAAGUUUGAGGCAAUGUUGUAACACUGAGUGAGAUUAAAAAAAUGAUUUUUUUAGUAUUUGAAAAGCUAUUAUGUUGUGGGUAAUUAAAUAGGCUAGAAUAAUUUUAUUUGACACAAAAAUGAACGCGACAAAUGAAGAAAAGACCGGCAUAAAUAUAACGAUUGUUAAAAUAUCUUAUCGAUCGAUUUAUAUGGAUUUAUGCUCAAUAAUGACUUUUUCAAUUUGAUGACAAAUAUCACAGUUCAAAUAAAAAUUAACACAGAAAAUGAUGACUAAAACAAGUAGUAUUUAUUCUUAAAAUUUGAAUUUAGAACGCGACUGAAACAUAGACAAGUGACUUUUAAAUAAAACUAACUUUUACGGCUCCGCCCGCCACUCUUUUCAGACGCACAUAUCUCGGUGUUACAUCAUAAAAAAUUAAGAAACAAUGUACAGAUCUCUUUCCAUUUAAAAAAAAAACUGUAACGUUUAUAUAAUUUGUUUAGGUUGUUUGCGUGUGUACAUUGGUUUGUUAGUUGUUAGUUGUAAAUGUAAUAAGUGUCGUAAAAGGCGUUAUUAUUCACGUUAACUUCCACUGGACAUUAUAUGUAUGAUUUUUGUGUGUUUUUGUGCCAAAGCAUGCUUCAUUGUGUAUUUUUAUAUGUGUUGAAAUUGAUUGGAAGUAUGCGCCGUUUCUGAACGAAAUAUGUGCAUAAUCUCCCGUCAUAGUUCGUUUUUAACGUUCCGCUGGCAGCUUAUAAAUUAGUUUGCUUAAGGUAAGCCAGCAUAGUUCUGCCGACUGUCCACGAAUGCAACAUCUCGAGGUACUUAACUUUAGAUGCAAUAUAAUCAGAAAAAUAGUCAUUUGAAGUCGAUAAAUUAUCGUAAGAAGUUUGAUCUAAAAAUGGAUCUUUAAAUCAUCUAAAUGAAGACAACAAAUUGAACUUUGAUAGGUCAUCUCUUUUUUACCACUAGCUUUUAGAAAGAGAGAGUAAUAUAGCUACAAAUAUGUCUUCAGUUAUUCAGUGCAUCCAUCCUUUCCUCUCAACCUUGUAUAAUUCAUUAGGUAACCAGAAAGUUAACUCUAAACUUAUGUUGUUAAUGUGACCACGCUAUCCCACGAAACUAAAUCUUGUAACAAUGACGGGAAGAUACUAAACUGCUUAACAGGUUGGCUGUCAGUUGAAGGUUCAACACAGCCAGGGAAUACUAUGAUAUUGCUGAAAAAUGGGCGCUCUGUGCGUCCUCAAAGUAUUAUGGACACGAGUCAAACGCGCCCAGAUCUAAGUCAUUCUAAGGAGUUCCAAGUUUAGAGAUGUUUAAGUCUAUAAAAGGCAUUAGUCUACUCAACGUGCCUUUAUAUGUUACUUAUUGAGAUAUUUACUUUAUCUAGAUAAUUUGUUUGGUGUAGUAAAAAUGAUAUAAGCAAUAUGAAUGAUAUAAGCCAGUACAUGGCAUUAUGAGACGUAUUAGAAUGACGUAAAGUACAUCGGGUUACUGUUCAUCGAUUCACUCAGGGUUUCAAUCAAUUUUAACACGAUAAAAAACAGGACAUCUUUAAAUAAAUCAAAUUCUUAAAUCUUUCCCUUUCCUUUCGAUAUUAAGCGCUUCAACCAAAUAAGUUAUGUUUCACACGUAUGUAAAUAUUAUAGCUAUUAGUACAAAAAAAAUCGGUGGAAGAGUUUGAAAUAUAUAUCUAUAUAUAAUAUUUAUAUAAAUGAAUGAUAAAAUCUCAUGUUAAUAAAUGAACGUGUUGAAUUUUUGUUCAUUGAUUUUAAGACGGUGCGUUGCAUGGAGAUAUAAAACUGCUGUUAAAUAGUCUAUUGAUUGGGACUUCAGUAAAUGCAUUAACUAUUAAUCAGUGAUUAAUUAAAUAAUGUGUCACACUGGUUAUAAUAUGAACAGAAAUGAAAGGCACAUUAAAAAACACAGAGACAUAAAAAUAUACAAAAUGCUUCCGAACGAUACCUAUUUAUACCAUAUUGCGUGUUUUCAUAAAUAUUUUCAAUAAAACACCGAAACUGUAUUUAUUAGUUACAAUAUUCCCAAUGUAAAGCAAUAAGGGUUAAAUUUGAAUGUGACAAAUGGAAGCUUUGAAGUAAUAGCCUGCAAGGUUUUGUAAAACGUGUCGAACUAAUGCAAUGCUUGUGAAUUAAAAAGCAAUAUAAGUGAUGACGAAUUUAUGUUACGGAAUAAAUAAUCUUCAAGGCCUUGUUGGGCUAGUUUGGCUUCCUUCCUACCGUUUCGAUUGCAGCAAUGAACACUACGCCAAUUUGAUCGUUAUCACCCUAACAGUAGACUUGAAAAGAAAAUUAGUAUAACUUACUAGAGCUUUUUUAUUUGUGUAAUUCAAUAUUUAUUAAUUGAAAAAAUAUGAGCUUAUAAAGGUAAAACAUAAUUUUGGCAUUAAUAACGGAAAUUGGUUAAAAUCGAAUCGCGUAGUGUUAAUUGCUGCUUUUGAUAUGUCUAUUCUAAAACUAUGCUUCCUUUGAGACCCAGAUGUCGAUAAAUCGUCUGUUUAAAGUGAACAAAGAUUGUGAAUUUUAUUUAUCAAAAUAUAUAUAUCCUCUAAAUUGUUGUAAAAUAUAAAUUUGAAAGAAAUUAUUUAAAAUAUCGUAAAUUAUAAUUGCUUUAAACCGACGAUCAUGCCCACUCGGGACACAGUAUUGCCAUAUAAUAUUACAGCUAUAUUGUUACAUUUGUUUGAAAGUGAAAAAGUAAGAAUGCAAAAUUAGAUAUUGUGCGUUUUGCAGUUUGCAAUUACCUAACAAUAGAUAAGCCAAACUUGUAUAUCUACUUUAAGUUAAACUGAGUGGGCUGGAGGCAUUAUCUGGGGUCUUAAUACAUACUAUAAAUAACUAAUAUAUAUACAAUAGUUAUACCACGCAAAUAUUGUUAGCAAUCUAUAGGUUCUCGACACCAAUACAAAAGUUUUUGAUAUACAUUGUCAUAUUGAACUGAAUUUGUUAAAAAAACUCAUAGUUAUAUGCGUCUGUUGCCGCAAGCUAGUCUCAAUUUGUUGUGUGUAUCGAUAGUUGUUUGUUUGAGCAUAUCGAUAGCUUGGUUUUUAUCGAUGUCGAUAAUUAAAUUGCUGAGAUGUGGUGUGGUUUUGGGGAUAGUUGCGUUAAGGAUUUAGUCAAUUUUCGGGGUUAUAAUGGAUUUGUAGGUACACGGAUUUUAAUAUCUAGGUAUAAUAAUUUCCUGUAUUAUUUAGUUAAUGAUUUUUUUUUUACUAAGUGAAGGCUGUUCUUAUCUUAUUUAAAGUUCAUAUCUAUAAAAUCUUAGCUUUCCAAAUGCUCAAAUAAAUGACUAGAGAGACCAGAAUAGUUCAAAUAUAUCAAUCGAGUGCAUUUCUCUUGAUUACAUAGACUUGAUAUUUAAUGAGGAACAUUACGACUUAAAAUUGUAAGCACUUGUUUCCUACAGAUAUUUUGUCUAUAGAUCUCGGUGAAAUUAUUCGUGCUCGGUAAAAUAGGCUACUCGAUAAUAACCCAGUUUUAUAUACUAAUGCAUUUUAUAAACAAAUUUUAUAGGUUAGAAUGAACCUCCAAGCGUUACGGUCUCGUAUCGACUGUCGAUUGAAAAAAAUAAAAAGCUUGUCUUUGAUCAAAUGUAUUCGAUCAAUUUGUAACUUAUUCACACGUUUUUCACUAUUUAUAUGUAUAUUCAGCUGAUUUUUAUUUUAAGUGUAGAUUGUUAUUAAUAAUUAUUCUAUCAAAGUGCUUAAUGUCGAUACGAUGACGGCAGCACUAGGCGUUCAAGUCUAACCUUAAAGCUGGGAGAAUUGUUAUCUACAUUUGAAUAGGAAAAGAAAAUAUACGAAUUUGUGAUCUAUUCUGUUCAAAAUAAAGAUAAUUUUCCUCCCGGCUCGCAGAUAACAAAAAUGUCUAAAUGGGGAAAUUAUGAAUUUCCCGCGAAAAUAUCCUUCAAACAGAGAGUAGCCUUUAUCUCACUAAAGGUACGUUUGUAAAUGUAAAAGUGCACUUAAAAUGGAUUGAACCAAAAGAUUAUAUAAUUUUAUAAUAAAGUGUUAGAGUUAUUGACGGGCCGACGUCAAACAAAUUUUGUAUGACGUUACAGAGACGCCGGCCUCGGAGAUAUUGGAUUGUAAUAAAUAUACCAUUUUAACAUUA